AUGAACCCCACCAAAUUUUAUAGCGAUGCUAUUGAAUAUUGGAAUGGAAUUGAACCUUCUGUAAAUGGAAUGCUAGGAGGUUUAGGAACUGGACGUAUUCCUCAAGUUGAUGCGAUUGCCUCCCGUACCUUUUUGCGUCGUUUGGAUUACCGCCUCAAAAAAAUCGAUAGUUUAGUAGCUGCGGAUUGCGGAGCGGGAAUAGGAAGAGUAACAGAAUCUGUGUUGCUAAAAGUGGCCUCGCAUGUAGACGUUGUUGAGCCGGUGGAAAAAUUUGUGUUACAGGCAAGAAACCAUUUGCAGGAUAAGCCUUGCUCUUUCAUCUGUACCGGUUUGCAGAAUUGGGCCCCAAAGGAAAAUCGUUAUGGCUUAAUAUGGAACCAAUGGUGUCUGUCCCAUCUUACCAAUGAUGAUUUGGUAGCUUAUUUGCUUCGUUGUUCAAAAUCGUUAUGCGAACAUGGAGUUAUUUGCAUCAAGGAAAACGUUUCUUCCUUUACUGAAAGCUUUGAUGAACAAGAUAGCAGCGUCACUCGCACGGAUGGCUCGUUUCGAAAUAUAUUUCAAAGGGCCAAUUUAGUGAUUAUUGCAGAGUCUCUACAGCAUGGAUUUCCUGAUGAGCUCUACCCUGUUAAAAUGUUUGCACUUGUUCCAAAAGCCUCAAAGUAA